GUAACUUUUUAACCAUACUACUCCUAUCGCAAUAUCCCCUAUGCAUUUAAAGCCCGUCUCUUCCCAAGGGUGUUUGCCCAAAGUAUAAAAAUGCGUCCGAGCAAAAUUGUCGAUUUAAUAAAAUGGAAAUUGCAAAGUAUUCUGGUGCAUUUAGUUUUGUACUUCUUUUAACAUUAAGCUGGGGAAUUAUUGCAGCUGCCAGUAAUUCAAAAAUUAAUUUAACUUUAGAAAAAGAAAGCGCUGCAAUUAUUACUGCUAAGGCAAAAUUUAUUUCAGAUAGACUUUUUGAAACUAGGUUUCAGCCAAAAAACUUGAAAAACACGAACCAAUUUUUAGCUGUCAUUGCAGAAAAUGCCAGCGAAAUAACAUCAAAUCUCUCUCUGGCGACAAAAAUUAGAUCAGAUUCAGGCGAAAGGGCCCGAGAAACCGAAAUAAAGAAGAAAAUCAGAAAACCCGUAAAGCUUAACAUGAAACAGGGUCUGAUUAUGAAUCAGAUUUUGAACACGUAUGGGUUAAGUGAAGUUAAUAACACGCUCUGUAGGGACCAUAUAAACGAAUUUAAAUUAGGAUUAAGGGCUUUAGAACCUUGGGCCCUCAAAAUGUUUGACUCUUCAUCAAAAAUCAUGUCUGGUAUACUAGGAGGAAAUAUUAUUGAACUAGGCAGCUAUCAGCAGUGUCUUAAUAUCUAUGAAGAGUCUGUUUAUGGACCAAUCAAGGGCCGCCAUUGUACUCUCCAUAUUCGCCCAACAGAUGACCUAAUUAAAAUAAUUGUAGGGUAUAAAAGGAAAAUCUCUCAUAAGCAUUUUGAUAACCUAAAAAAGAACAUUUUUGAAGACGUGAAGCUGAUCUGGUCAGUUUGUGUUCCACAGUCCUGCAACCACUUGGACGUUCUUCAUCACUUCAGCAAAAGUAUUAUUGAUAUUGGUGAAGGAUUAAAUUUAAGCGUGUCUCUCACAAAAGACCAUUGUACCACGUUGGAUGACCAACCUGACUUCACUAAGGGAGAUUAUAUUUAUUUUUGUUGUGUAGGUUUAAUAAUAGGAAUUGUAAUAGUUAGCACAAUUUCCGAUAUAGCAUCUAAAGAAAAUACACCCGAGUUGCUAUCUUUAUUUUCUAUAAAGGAGAACGGACGUAUACUAUUUUCAACAAGAGAAAACAGAGACGACAUUUCCUGCUUGCACGGAUUACGUUUUUUGAGCAUGUGUCUUAUUGUGUACGGACAUCGUUAUAUACACAAUCUGGCCACCCCCGCUAUAAACUAUAUGGACCUUGUAGACUGGUUGGAGUCAUAUUAUAGUACGACAGUUCAUGGAGGUACCAUGACAGUGGACACAUUUUUGCUAAUAGCUUCAACGUUACUGAGCAAUGGGUUUUUUGUGAUGCUAUCCAAGGGUGUAAGGAUAAAUUUAUUUCAAUUUUACCUAUACAGACAUUUAAGGUUAAUAGUGCCAUUGGCAUUAGCUGUUAGUACUGCCGCCCUUAUGACAAAACACUUUGGGGGUGGACCGAUAUAUAACGAUUUAAUUUCCUACCAUAAGCACAAUUGUGGUCAGUACUGGUAUAACGUUCUGCUACAUAUGCAGUGGCUUAUGAGCCCAAAAUAUGUGUGUAUUAUUCCAACUUGGUACUUGGGAGUUGACUCAUUUUGGUACCAUUGCUCUCCACUACUUUUACUUGUCUUAUACAAGAAUCGUUUAGCUGGAUUAGCGCUUCUGUUCAGCGUUUACAGCUUUACUAUUGCAACCAAUUUUUAUAUUGCAUGGACUAAGCGCUUAAAUGGACAAGUUCCUAUUACACCUACAGUGGUAUUUUCAGACUUUUUUGCAGGAUACUACAUACAGCCACUAGCCAGGGGUGGUCCAUAUAUUUUAGGUCUUUGGUUUGGCUACGCAUUAUUUAAAACCAAACAUCAAAAUAUCAGAAUGUCUGUUUAUUUGAAAAGCUGCUGCUGGAUUUUAGUAGCAAUUUGUAUGCCUGGAAAUGUUUUAAUAUCUCGUCUGUUUCGGCUGGAAUAUGUGGAAUACAAUCGGCUUGCGGUCUCGUUGUUUUUAGCUUUUCAUCGAAGCAUAUGGACUAUGUGUGUUAUGUGGGUUAUUUGGAGUUGUUACCACGGUCAUGCAGGUCCAGUCAAUACUUUUCUAUCAUGGAAUCUAUUUAAAGUAUGGGGUAGAUUAGUCUAUACAAUAUUUUUAUUCCAUUACAUCGUUCAAGCCAUGAUAACAAACUCCAAAAAGACAUCAACAUAUUUUUCGGAUUUUUUGACGACAUAUGACUCAAUUGGGGAUGUGGCAGUAAUGUCACUGCUUGCAAUACCAUUAUCAUUGUGUUUCGAGUAUCCAUUUAUGCGAUUAUGUGUGUAUUUAUUUAAAGAUAAAAAAAAUAAUAAGAAAAUUGGAAGCGAUAAGGACCAAAAUGCCUAGAAAAUUCACUAACAUAAUAAUACAUUUGCAUUAAGGAAACACAGUCACUAGUACAAUUAUCUUUAUAUUAGAUUCACCAGUAAUAAUAUAUUACAUCAUAAAGCUCUUGUUGUAGCAAUAAAGUUAAGCUUUGCUAG